AUGGCUAGAGUCUACUGCGGGUAUGAUCUGAAUCUGAACACAAGAAACUUACGUUUUUCUGGCCUGCCCAUCGGUGUCUUUAACUUCUCGGUGAAGUGGCACCAUCUGCUAGUAUUUGUCGAUCAACUGGGAGUGACAACAAAUUUUCAAGAUACCAAACUGUACGAGUCGAAUCAAUUGCUUGCGAUGCCACUGUAUAUCCUCCAAUCGCAAUUCCUAUUCGCAAGGCACAUGGAGAGAGCUCUUGAUGCAUUGUGUGUUCAUGGCAGCUUUGUCCCUAAUAUUGUAAGACUCGUCCUAGAUACUGUGUUUCGAGGAUUGGAUAAUGGGCAUCAGCAGUUCAACAUGAAUAUAAAUUUGGAACUGGUCAUCAAAGAGGAAGUCGAAGAGGAAAGCAUUGAGGACGUCUCCUUGGGAGGAUACGAGUCAGAUGGCGAGCAAGUCACGCGGGGUGUCUCGAAAAGUACCAUCGAAAAGCUGGAGCAAAAGAGCUGCUCUCCCUGCGACGGUGACGGAUGCUGUUGUAUUUGUUUGGAGGAAUUUGAAGGGGGCAGAGAAAAGGUGGUGGAGAUACCAUGUUCGCACCUCUUUCACAAUAAGUGCAUCAUGGAAUGGCUCAAGAGGAACAAUUCUUGUCCAUUGUGCCGAUGCAAAGUAGAAGAAGAAGAAUAG